AUGACGGCUACCAUGUGGCCUGAAGAGCGAGUUCAAGCGUUUAAGCCCGACUUUGUCGCACCGCUGGUCGGCUAUCUGACCAGUGAAACGAAUGAAGAAACUAGUGGUCAGCUGUACGAAGCUAGCGGCGGUUGGUGUGCAGCUAUUAGGUGGCAAAGAUCAUAUGGGCUUUCAGUGAGGCAUCUCUUCAUUCUUGUCUCAAAACAGAACUCGUGUCAACUUCAUUGUAACAGAAAACAAUCGUAA